AUGGAGUUUGAGGCCGGGCCGCCCAGCCGCCGCCCCGAAUCGGUGACAACUUCCGAACUUACACACACGCCGUCAUCGACCGGAACCACAGCGGGAACAGGCGCCUCGUUUGAUUAUGGGUGGCAGACACAGCGGGAAUCAACCAGCCGGGCUCCAUCAGUUGCACACAACAUGACUAGCACUGUCAGCACAGACGACAACAACCGCUGUCAAAGAGUGAAGCGAGCGCUGUACGUGGACGAGGGCAUGCCAAUUCAUGAACCGCAUUAUUACAAGGACUGGGCCUCUCCUGCAGAAGUGCUGCAGCUCCGUACAAUAUGCACUGACCUCGCCACCAAGCACAAGAACGAAACGGCUGCGCUCCGUCGUGAGCUGGAAGAAGUGCGAAAUAGUCGUAAUGCCCUUUUGCUGGAGGCGGAGGAGACGCGGCGUCUGCACCAGGUCUGUGUAAGGGCUGAAGGUGAGCAUGAAAAGGCUCGUCGUGAGUACUCGAGGUGGGAAGGAGAGAGGGAACUUCUCCGCCUUCAGCUGCAGAGACUUAGUUUGGAUAACCAGCAGUUGCGACAAGUCGCAGGCCACAGAGGAAAUAGCAGAGGACCGCCCCACCAGCAAAUGCAGUCUCAAAUCCACGGUCGCCAUCAUCACCAACAGUUUGUCGGGCAGGUCCCCAGCAGCGGGAGUUCUGAACUGAGAGCUUUCACGUCUGGUACAACGCCAAUGACAGGCUCAACGAUUCCAACGCCGUCAUUUACGUCGAGUUCGUUGCCUCAAAAUAUGGCGGAGCGCGGCGCACCUCAUCAGGAGGGAGCCCAACAACCACAGCGGCGCCAGACGCAAUCCAUGGAGAGUGUAAAUGGCAUUGCAAGUAGUGGGUCUGCAGCGGCCGAUGAGCUAACUUCCAAUACUAACGGGUUCAACAGCAACGUCAAUAAUUACCUGGGCUCUGGCAUCCAUAGCAAGUGGGGGAGUGAGCAGUCGACCGCGUGCAGCUCCCAGCUAUGCCUGCGUGAGCAGCUCCGCUUAAUGGAGGAGUUGAACCGUACCACGAUGGCAUACACAGAGUUGGAGGCCCGUCUAAACUUUGCGCAGACACUCUGGGAUCUCUCUGCCGCGCGGGAGGCGCAGCACUCCUUGAUGUUGUCUGCGGAGGCCGAUCGACUCAGGCUGCAGUUGAAUCACUGGCGUUCCCUCGCUGAAGAUACUGCCGGUAGGCUGGAAGCUACAGAUGCCCAGCUGCGCGACUGCCGUGACGAAUUAGAUGAAACACAGCGAAAGUUGCAGGCGGCCGCUGCCACCACGGCUGCAGCAGUGGCAGCGGAGCGUAAGGAAUCCCAGGAUUGUGUUGCACUGCUGAAGUUAAACCAUGCAGCGGAGUUGUCUCAGGCUCAGAUGCAACUACAGAGGGCUCUUGACGACAACGCUCACGGACGUGAGACCCUGCAGCGGACUCUUGAGACACUUCAGAAGCAAACUGAGGCCCAGAGAGCCCAGCUCGUAUCCGACGUGGCAGCAGCGGAGCAGCGGGCAGCAGAAGCGGUGCGAGCGAAGUGCGAGAGUGACGCAGCGCUGGCAGAGACGGUGGCUCAACAUGCGUCGGAGUGUCAGCGGCUUGAACGCGAACUGCUAAUUGAGCGCUCUGCUGGACGAAGGUGCGUGGAGGAGAAGGUGAAACAGGCUGGGGAAUUGGAGUCGUUACGUGGCUCGUGCAUGACCCUCGAAAUGCGCGUACGGGAAACGGAGGCAGAACUGGGUCUUGUGGCUGGUCGACUUAACGAUGCAUUGCAAAAGUUGUCCCUUGGCGCCAAAUUGGAAGAGGAGCUGGAGAGCGUCCGCCUGCGUGCGGAGGGGGCGGAACAAGAACUGAAGGAACAACGAAAGCACUACGAGGAGAAGCAACAGGUACAUCUUGCAUCCCUCGCCAAGCUCCAACGAGAACGUGACGCAGAUGUUCUUCGCCUUGAGCGAGAUGUGGAGAAGUUACGGCGGCGUUGCAAGGCAACAAAGAUUCGGCUCGCUGCCGCGGUUAAGGACGCAACAGGGUGGAGCGUGGAGCACAACCAACCUCAGGGCAGCGCUGCACCACAGGGAGAGGAAUCAGACGAGGGCAGCUGCGCGGCCGCGUGCGAGGAUGUGCGUCCCGACGCCGUUUCGUUGCUAAAGCAGUCGGCGGCACUUGCGGGUACGUUGGCGCGCACCAUACAGCGGAGCACGUACGCACCAUAG